ACUCUUUUAACACUUCGGAGUUCAUACGCGCAGGCACUACAAGCGAAAGAAUAAACAAGUAUUUCUUUUAAAAAUUAAUUCUGGUGUUCCGUGCGCGAAAGCCGCGUUCCGAUUAUGAGACACGCCGUAGUGUGGAAAUCCAGAUUCGUUUAGACCACCUCAAGUUCUUGGACGUGAACCUAAGUACACGAGCGUUCUUUCACAUUUCGCUCCCACGAAAUCCGACUGCCACGUGCAGGAUCGAACCCGCGACUGCAAGCUCGGCAGCACUACACGAUAGCCACUGGGCCACUGCGGCGGGUAAAUCGUUUAUCUAACACAUUCUCGGUAGCAGUGCAUGUUUCACAUCGCGGUGUAGAUGGUCUCCUCAUAAAGAGCCGUAGACUUCUUCACGAGGCGUGCGAUUCCCCUUCAUCUGCGAGCUUGCGCUGACCUCGUUUUCGAGGAAAACAGCCGAGGCGAGGGGAACUAGAGCCGCUUCCUCGUGCAACACCGCUCGACGCGGCCAACGCCGUCCUUUGACGUCAUUCGAGUGAGUUCAAUCCUUGGAGCUCGCCAAUCAACUGCACCGGUGGCGCCACUCUGCCAACUUGGCAUUCUGCGGCGAUCCUUGUCUCAUGGCCAACUGUGCUACCCGGAUGAACUGCAGCGUGUGAUGGAAGACGACGACUACUGCCGCAACAUCGUGUGCCAGGUGCGCCUGAACAUGCCAAGUGCACACAAGUUCGUGGCUGACAUGCUGCGCUGGAGGCGUGCCAUGAAGCUGCACGAGCUUCGAGAGGAGAUCCUACCAAAGGCAGUUCUCGAGCGGUGCAUCGUCUACCCUCACGGAAAAGACACGGCAGGGUCCCACGUCCUGGUCCUUCGUAACAAGAAUUACAUCAAGGGACUGGCAGACCGUGACGGCGUAAAAAGAGUCUUCAUUUUCUUCAUCGAGAAACUCUUCAAUGAGUGUGGCGCCAAAAAGAUCACUGUUUUGAUGGACUGUAGCGACAUUGGAGUAUCGAACAUCGAUGUAGACCUUCUCAAGUUCGUAGUGGAUGUCUUCAUCUCAAAGUACCCGAUAGGACUCGGAAACGCACUAAUAUACAACAUGCCAUGGUUGCUUAACGCUAUCCUGAGAAUGAUCAAGAGUAUAAUUCCCUAUGGUGCCGAGAGACUGAAGACGGUCAACAAAGACGAUGUUCAGCAGUAUAUCGACGCCAAGUAUCUUCCCGUCCGUAUGGGUGGAACGGACACCUACGAAUACAGCUACGUCCCAGGAAGACCUCUUGGAGAUCGCGCCCACUACUAGUCACAAGUUGCUCACAACCGCAUCGUAACGACUACCAACUACUGGAAGUGUGCGAUUAGUGUGCCCAAAAGAGUUGAGGAAAGACACUUCCUAAUAUUCCCCAUUAUGUACAUCAUCAGCCUCUGCAAGACAGCUGCAUCAACUCAUCGAGUAACAACAAAGGCGGCGUGUUGUGUGAUCAUUGAGAACAUUAAAACGCCGACGUUGAUGACCUGGACUAAUUUGGUGAGCGCCCUACAGAGUUGCCUUGCUUCUGCGGUGAAAAUCAGUUGUCGUGUCCCCUUCUCUACUAGGAGGGAAUCGCGUCGACGGGUGGAAAAACUUCAUGUUACUGUCAAGAGAUUUCCUGCAGUUGCUGACCAAAUAAAGAAUAUAGCACAGUGGUGAAGCUAUUUUCCUGUAUGUAGUAUGGUUUACGAAAGAGAAAUUGUCAUCCACGCAACUGUAACACGAAGCUACAAUGAAAACCCAGGCGUGAUUCUUAGACAGAAAACUUCGCAGUGAAGGAAAAUGUCGUCCUGGUCCAGUGAUCAAACCAGAGACCAGCGACUUUCCGCAGCAUUUAUUUCCCACAUUCAGUGUCCCUGCGCUUCGAGUUGUCGAUCAAUUCGCCCUCGCACUGCGAUCUGCUAGCCUCUUGGUUGGAUCAGACGGUAGAGAGACCGCUCCAAAAAGUCAUUGGUCUCGGGGUCGGUCCCAUGACCAGGACGAACUCUUCCUCAACUGCGAACCUUUCUUUGUGGGGAAACCCGUGCGGGUUUCCUUCGUGUUUCAUUUGGGUGGAUGAGAAUUUUCCAUCUGGUAUGAACGUUCCUCCAACUUGCGGGCUCCGGCAGAACUGAUUUUUACGUAUGUAAUAUGGCAUUGUGAAAUGUCCUAUCGCUAUGUUUAAUAGUUGUAGUUUGUAUAGUGCGUGUACGCAAAGAUUUUAUGCCUCGAUAUAUUGUUUGAAGUCAUGCAAAAGCAAAUAAAAGCGGACAUAAAAAUA